CAGAACCGGAAGUGCAGAGCCGCUGGUUCCGGACCAGUUUCUGCUGCAGCAGAUCCGGUUCUGUUGUGUCCGCAGCUCUCUGCUCCUCUCCCACGCACGAACCCGCCUGCGCGUGCGUGCUUCCCACCUCCCCCACAGCCCGUUGAACCUGCACGCUCCCCGGACAUGAAGCGGCCGUGAGAUCCUGGAUCCAGAUCGGAGGUCUGCAGCAGACAUGAGGGACCUGGUCCUCUUCAUCCUGACCGCUCUCCUGGUCAGCUGUGAACCUUUGGGUUCCUCCCAGCGAGUAGUCCCCCUCUGGGCUCCUCUGUUUGGGAACGGAGGCCCGGUCACUUCACGCUUCAUCCAGGAAUUAGUCCGAACCAGACGCCACUCUGCCAGUGAGUUAGUCCGAGCCCAGCCUCACCUGGUUCACGACAUGGGCUGGCCGGAGAUCCAGGAACUGUCCCGCUCCCAGACCAAGGUGGACUCGGGUGUCCCCUCACAGGUGAAGUCUUCAGCGAGCCAGGAAGUAGCCAGGACCUUCGGACCUGAUGUGGAGGAUGUGAUGGAGCGUAUGGUUCAUCUGGCGGUCCCCGAGGGUCCAGAAGGCUACAGGGGACACCAGGUCUCCUCUGAUAGACCAGGAGCUGGAGAUACCUCCCAGGAGGCUUCUGGCUUUUAUGGCAUGGACACAGAGGACAGAGACAGGGGAGAAGAAGGAGCAGAGGACCGGGAGGAGACAGAGGAGAGGACAGAGGAAGACAAAAUGAGAGGAGAGACUGAUGGACAUGAUGUCCCAGACGUCUUAGAGGUUAACCACACGACUCCAGAUCUGGACGCUCUGAUUGGCUACACGUCAUCUCUCCACACAUCCAAAGAGCUCAGCAGCUCCUUCCCGGGUGAAAACCAUGAUUAUGGUCAGCAGGAGCAUCGCGGGGCCCCGGUCCUGGAGGUGGAUCCUUCAGGGAGGGAGCUGUGGGAGACAGCGAAGGACGGAGACGUUCAGUCCUCCAGUGGUUAUGGACUCCUUCACUCCUCCGUCUCUGCUUCUCCAUCUCCUGUCGCUGGUGCAGCUGUUACAGAUGUUUCCAGCGACUCCGUGGCAACCACCACCCCAGAGACCGACACCGGAACGGACUUUGGACUGCCAGAAACUUUUACAAAAGCUGAAACAGAAAGAGAAGAAUCAGGAGGGAUUACCCAGAAUCCUACAGCUCCAGAGGUGGGCUCGGCUCCCAGCAGAGAACCUCUGCAGCCCAGUGUGGAAGAAGAACGAGGAGAUCUGGACCAGAAAGAGUUUUUACCUGAAGAGAAAACAAGGAUCAGACAGAUCAUCCCUCUCACCACCAAUCAGUCUCCAACCACCGGCUUCACUGAGACCGAGCUGGAGUCCAACCUGGAGGGGCCGAGGCAGGUUGUCUGUUUAAACUGGAGUGAACUGGCUGGAAGAGGAUAUGUUGUCCUGAACAUGACCAAAAACAUGAACUGUGUGGGGAUCCAGAGCUACAGCGCAGCGACCAGCUGUCAGUCUCGGCCCAGUAAAACACGCAGCGACUACGGCAAACUGUUCGUGGUCCUGGUCAUCAUCGGCGCUGUGUGCAUGAUCAUCAUCACGUCUGGAUUCAUCUACAUCUGCUGGCAGAAACGCCUGCCUGCGCUCAAGUCCAUGUUUCCUGCCGAGGAGCUUCGCUCUGUGGAGAACGGUUAUCAUGACAACCCCACACUGGACGUGACCAACGACGCCCAGCCUGAGAUGCAGGAGAAGAAGCCGAGCACCAACGGGCUCGCAGCAGGAGGAGGAGGAGGUGGAGGGGGCGAGGAGGAGGACAGCAGCCACUGGCAGGCUUUUGUCAACCAAGCAGUCACUGAGGACGACGAAGAGGAGCAGGACACCCAUCUCUGACCGAUGAAGAGGAGGUUCCUUUUGUUUAAAUGAGUGGAAACGAGAGGAGAAGAGAAGAUGUCUGAUGGGAGAGAAAGGAGAGAGGAGCUGGAGGAGCUGCUGAUGUCAUCUAGAAGAUCAGACACCGGUUUUAUACGACGUUCAGAUUUACAGUUCACAUAAAACAGAUUUUAUCAACAAAUCAAACAUUUAAACAAUGAAUUUUUAUUUAUUUUUAGGAAGAAAUGAGAUCAUUUAGAUCAGAGGUGCCCAAAGUGGGGCUCGUGGGCCAAAAUUGGCCCGCCGAGCCAUUUGAUUUGGCCCACCAGCAAUUGUCCUGGCUACUAGAUUGUAAUUAUGUUAAGAUUAAAUAUAAAAUACAUGUAACUACAAGAGAUAUUUAGAUUAGAUUUAAGCCUAUAUAUAGAUUUGCACACCUUACAAGACCACAUAUACUCAAAUUUUAAAUUAUGAAAA